GUCAACAGUAAUCGCAGGCACUGCUUUCAAAAUAAGUGUCACAGAUAUUCCUGGAUACAGUUACUUUGCUGAUAUCAAGAAUAAGUGCUCAUUUGCUGGAAAUUACGAAUGUGUGGCUACUUCUGGAAGAGAGCAAGUGCUUAAUAGUGACGUCAGUGCAGAAAUGAGUUAUACUUCAGGAGUCUAUUCAUACAUUUACACAGUAUCAAGACCAGGAGCAAUUACAAUAAAUGUGAUCAGAUAUCGAAACGGAAAAAUUCUGUAUGAAUAUUUUCCAAAUAAGUCUGGAACAGGUACUCGCGAUCAGAUAAGCUAUGAAAGUGCGAUUAAUACAGAUUUUGGAACUGGAGCUAUAUACGGUAGCAGAUCAGGAUAUGCAUCUAUCAAGAUGCACUUCAGAUUUUUUCCUCCUGUUACGGGAACAUACACUUUUUAUGUCGAUGUUGAUGAUGAACUCCAUUUUUAUCUAGAUGGAAGUUUAAUUAUUAGCAGAACUUGAUGAGGGUCAACAACUGCAACUGCUAGUCUCACAGGUGGAAGGUUUUACAAUGGCUAUGCUUUCUUUGUUGAAGAUAUUAACUCAGCAGAAAUGCAAAUACAAUGGAAAUACCCUGGUCAAAACUGGCAAGUUAUACCAUCGUCAGCUUUCUAUUACCCUACAUACAUUAAUUCUCCUAAACAAAUUACUGUUGCAUGUCCGUCUGGGUACUCAAAGAAAACUAUUUCAUCCAGGCCAACUUGAGUAACUGUUUGAGGAGAUGGUAAAAGAGCAGGGUCAGAAGAAUGUGAUGAUUCUAAUAAAAGGAGUGGAGAUGGGUGUAGUGCCUCCUGUACUGUAGAAUCAUCAUGGUAUUGCACUGGAGGGACAACUUCUUCAGCUGAUACUUGUACUUUUUGUUAUCCAGGGUAUUACCCUUCACCAGCUUCUAAUCCAACAACAUGAGUUUCUCAAUGUGGAGACAAAAUGCAAGUUGGCUCUGAAAAAUGUGAUGAUGGUAAUAACAACAACUAUGAUGGUUGUAAGUCAGACUGAUCUGGAGUUGAGGCUGGAUGGGUCUGCUCCAACUCUACAUUUGCAAGUAGAGAUGUAUGAACUCAGUGCGGAAAUGGGUAUGUUCAAAACGAUUCAACUUAUCCAACUCAAUGUGUUACUUCAUGUGGAGACAGCAAAAGAGCAGGCUCAGAAAUUUGAGACAAUGGAAGCACAGCUGGAAUUGGAGGAUGUAGUUCUGACUGAACUUCAAUUACUAGUGGAUGGGUAUGCUCAGGCGGCACUCCCACUUCUGCUGAUACAUGCACUCAGUGCAGUGCUGGAACUUAUCCAAACACAGCUAAGACUGCUUGUGUGACAAUUUGAGGAGAUGGCCUCAAAGCUGGAACGGAGAAAUGAGAUGAUGGAAACACCAAAAAUGAUGAUGGUUGAUCUUCUACUUGACAAGUAGAAUCAAGCUGGGUAUGCACUGGAGGAUCAACUACAACUAAAGAUGAAUGCACUUUCUGUACAACAGGCUGGUACCAGAAUAAUGCAGCCAUUCCAACUACAUGAGUGACUCAAUGAGGUGAUGGCAUUCAGGUAGGAACAGAGAAAUGUGAUGACAAAAAUACUAAUGACUCUGAUGGGUGCAAAGGAGAUUGCUCCACAGUUGAGACUAGCUGGGUCUGUCUUUACAGUUCAGGGCUUUCAAAGGAUGUUUGUACAGAAUGCACAUCUGGAUGGUAUCAGAAUGAUGCUUCUAAUCCUGAAUACUGUGUCACCAGAUGUGGAGAUGGUCUUGAAGCAGGAACAGAGAAAUGAGAUGAUCAUGAUACAAACGACUUUGAUGGGUGCAAGUCUGAUUGUUCAAGUGUAGAGCCCGGUUGGGUAUGAGCUGGAGGCUCUACUACAACUAAAGAUAUCUGCCAACAAUGCCAACCAGGAUUUUAUCAGAAUGAUGCUGCCAAUCCUGAAACUUGUGUAACAAGGUGAGGAGAUGGACUUAAGGCUGGAUCUGAGAAAUGUGAUGAUGGCAACACUCAGAAUGGAGAUGGUUGAUCAUCAGACUGAUCUCAAGUUGAGGCCGAUUGGGUUUGUAGGUAUGGAUCUUCAACAUCCAGAGAUUAUUGAUUUUAUUGUUCAGCAGGUUAUUACCAAGACAGUUCUUUAAAUCCUGAAUAUUGAGUUGCUUUUUGAGGAGAUGGACUAAGGACUGGAAACGAGAAGUGUGAUGAUGGUAAUAUUCAGAGUGGAGAUGGUUGUUCUUCAUCAUGUACCAUAGAGCAUAGUUAUAAAUGCUACAAUGGAUCUCAAACAUCUAAAGAUAUAUGCCAUAAUUGCCCUCUUAGUUACAUUCCAAAUCAAAGCAAAAAUGAUUGAAUUCCAAGAGAGAUCUCUGAUAAUAUAAACUUCUUUGGUUUUUCAUAUUUGGUGGUGAUGAGUAUUGGCUUAAUAAUCAAUUUGGUAUCUUUCUGGAAAUGCAAAACCCCAUCACACAACACUCUUGGGAUUAUUUCUUACACACAGAUUCUGAUGCUUUUACCUUUGAUGAACAUUGAUGUAGGAGAAGAUGUGAUAGACUUCUUUAGGUACACCAAGGAUCUACUGUUCUCCUUCAACUUCAUUCCAAAUAACUUGAUAUUUGCAUCUCAUGAUGACAUUUUUGAUGAAUUUCAUUACAAGCAAGGAAAUUGGUAUCUUUAUUUGCUUGGAUUUAAAUCAGGAAGCUCUAUCGCAAAUGCUAUAGACUUCAUGUUCGUUAUAUCCCUCAUAUUGAUUAUUUCAUUUUUUGUGAUUUUGAUUUACUUUUGUGGUAAACGUUACGAACCUGAUAGUAAAAGAUUCACUUUCUUCAAAGAAGGAAAGAAUUUAUUCUUAUCAGGAAUUUGGCUUCAAAUUAUUUGAGCCUCUUUUAUUUUUAUUCUUAUGCUUAGCCUUGAAGAAGUUCAAAAUUUUUCGAAACUUGAUGAUAAUGUAACCUCAUUUAUAUUUUCUUUAUUCUGAUGCUUGAUCUGAGUCUCAUUGUUUAUAUUGUCCAUCUAUAAAUGGUGGAAGAGCAGACAAUAUGAAAGUCUAACAGAUUUAUGAUAUACGAAACUAUUAUUUAUGGGUACAAAAGAUUCUGCUCCUGCAAGAUUUUUUAUAGUUAUUUGGUUGUUCAGAAGACUUUUCUUUUGUUAUAUAGCAUUAUCAACAUACGAUCUGGACAAAGUCAUAAUAUUUCCAAUUCUCAUAACGAUUCAAUUGAUCUAUCUGACCUAUAUCAUUGGAAUAAGACCAUAUAAAGUAUUCACAGAUAACUUUGGAGAAAUUACAAAUGAACUGUUUAUCCUCAUAUGUUUGAUAUUCUGAUUGAUAAUAAACAAGGAGAAACAAUGGGAUAGGAACCAUAAUAGGAUAUUUCUGAUAUUAAUCCUAAUCCCUAACAUCCUAUUCACCUGUGUCUCAAUAAUUGGAUUUAAGCUCAGAAUUAAUACUCUUACCAAAGUGACAGUACUAAACAAGAAGGUAGUUUUGAUGUUUAACUCUAGGCUACGCAAAGAGUAAACACAGUAAUAAGAGCUACAAACAUUUCAUACAAUACAAAUGUAUAUGACUGCUUUAUAUCUCUAGGUUACAAUGAACAAAUCACUGGGGAGGAUGAACUCCAGUCAAGUUUUAAGUCAACCUAGGUAAGUUACUUCACUCUUUUGAUAUCUAACUCUUCCUUUAGGAAUAGCACAAAGUAACUUG